GUCAUCCAUCAGGGCUGAAUGGAUUUGAUCGUGUCUGUGAUGAAGCACCACUCUGGACUCCCGGAGAACCUAACAUGAAGCCCCUCUGCACGCAUCUCCCUGUGUUGACUCUCCUGAGUCUCUUUGUAUCAGGGUGCUGGGGCAGAAACGAAGAGGAGCAGCUCAUCAACCACCUGUUCAAGGAGCGCGGCUACAACAAGGAGCUGCGGCCGGUGGAGAACAAGGAGGACGCGGUGCCCGUCUACCUGGCCCUCACGCUCUCUAACCUCAUCUCGCUUAAAGAGGUCGACGAAACGCUGCUCACAAACGUAUGGAUGGAACAUGGCUGGUAUGACACAAGGCUUUCAUGGAACACCUCGGAGUAUGACAGCGUGACGGAGCUGCGACUGCCUCCCCACAUGGUGUGGCUCCCCGAGAUCGUCCUGGAGAACAACAAUGACGCCCAAUUCCAGGUGGCCUACUACUGCAAUGUGUUAGUCUAUCCCAGCGGGUAUGUGUAUUGGCUGCCACCCGCUAUUUUCCGCAGCUCCUGUGCCAUCAAUGUCAACUAUUUCCCCUUUGACUGGCAGAACUGCUCCCUGAAGUUCAGCUCCCUGACAUACAAUGCCAAAGAGAUCAGCAUGCACUUGAAAGAAGACGUUGACGCUGAGACAGGGAAAAGCUACAACGUGGAGUGGAUCAUCAUUGACCCUGCCGGCUUCACAGAGAAUGGAGAGUGGGAGAUUGUCCACAAGCCGGCCAGGAGGAACGUGUACAAGAGCAUCCCCAAGGACAGCAACAAGCACCAGGACAUCACCUUCUACCUGAUCAUCAAGCGCAAGCCGCUCUUCUACAUCGUCAACAUCAUCAUCCCCUGCAUGCUCAUCUCCUUCAUGGCCUCCCUCGUCUACUACCUCCCAGCUGACAGUGGGGAGAAGAUGACCCUCUCCAUCUCUGUGCUCCUGGCGCAGUCCGUCUUCCUACUGCUGAUCUCCCAGCGGCUGCCCGAGACCUCCAUGGCCAUCCCGCUCAUCGUGAAGUACCUCAUGUUCAUCAUGGUGCUGGUCACGGUGGUGGUUCUGAACUGCGUUAUUGUGCUGAACCUCCACUUCCGGACCCCGAGUACCCACGUCAUGUCAGAGUGGACCAAAGAGGUCUUCCUGGUGAAGCUGCCACAGCUCCUGCACAUGCCGCAGCCGGCGGCAGCGCCGGCCGAGCCCGGCUGGGAGGGGGCUCUCCCGCGACGCUCCAGCUCCGCCGGCUACAUCGCCAAGGCCGAGGAGUACCACAGCGUCAAGUCCCGCAGCGAGCUGAUGUUCGAGAAGCAGUCCGAGAGGCACGGCUUCGCCACCCGUGCCGCCCCUGCUGCAGAGCUUAAACCAAGUGAGGACACCGACCAUACUGAUCAGUUGUAUUCUGAGAUGAAGCCUGGUGUGGAUGGUGCCAAUUACAUUGUCAAGAACAUGCGUGAUAAGAAUGACUACAAUGAGGAAAAAGACAACUGGAGCGGGAUCGCCCGGACGGUCGACUGGCUCUGCUUCUACGUGGUAACGGUGGUCAUGCUCUUGGGGACGUUCUUCAUAUUCAUGAUGGGCAUCUACAACCAGCCGCCUGUGCUGCCCUUUGAGGGAGACCCUUACAGCUACUUGGAGGCGAACAAGCGUUUCCUCCCUUCCUGAGUUACUCCCGAAAUAGAGACCGCGCUCAGACGUAACUCAACACCGAUCGCCUGGCCAUUUCUUCCGUUUGUGUCUGACCGAACAAUUUCCCAGGGUGCUCACUUUCAAACUGUUGCAUUGGCUUCUCCAAAGGAAGCAAACUUCAGUCUCCAAAUGAAUCUAUAGUCUUUGUUCAAUUGCAAUAGUAAGGCAAUUUAAUUCUAAUGUGCUUGAAUCUGCUUGUAUGUCUGUGUGAUACAGAUACGAUAGUCUCAAAUAACCUACUCCUUUACAAUUACAAAAGUGAGUAUGUUCUUGUCUGAAUAGAAGUUAAUUCUACCAUUUGUCUUGAAACUAAUCCAAGGGGACAAACAUUCACUUGCAUAGCAAGUGUGAGGAAGAAGUGACAGUUAUAACAAUAAAGUCUGUUGUCUGAUUUCAUAUAUUUUGCACCUUACGGAAUUUGGAUGGUUUUGGAUAAUAAGUAGGGUCAAUUAUAGUUAUUGUUUCUUGUUGAAGAGACCUGUUAUGUAAGUCAUCGUUGCAUGCAAGGUACUGCAUCACCAGUCUAAGCAAAAGCAGACCCACUCGCUCAAAUCUCACCCUACACUGCCACCCAGAGGAUACUGCCAUCACAAUUGCUCUCAACAGGCCUCACUGGAUUGCCACAACGUAGAUUUUACAACUAGUGAACCUGGAUUGAGACCAGGAUAUCUCAGAUUUUAAUCUCAGGUGAGACCAUUGAGAAACCUGAGAGAAAAGUCAAUGGCCUACAUUGCUUUUAUAGACAUCCAG